AUGGCUCACAAUCUUGAUGUUCGAAUGCUAUCAAAUGGUCAUCCGAUUGUGUAUGUGCCAAACGUUCCACCGUUUCCACCUCCAAUGAACCAAAUGCCCCCACAAGUCCCAGUUAUUGCACCGACUCCACCAAUUCAACAAUUCCCACCACCAGCACCUCUGUCUCCCCGCUCUCAAUUGGCACAACUACAGCAACUACAGAUCCAACAACAACAUAUGGAUCCUCUUCUCAAUCCUUCAGCUCUUCGAUUGCCACCACCAACAAUCGGGAUCAACCCGUACGUGGACAUUCUUUCAGGACAACUACCACUUCUGCCACAAAUAAUGAAUCCAUUCAUGUUCCCGAUGAAUCUACCUUUCGUUCCAAUUCCUCCAUUUCCACCCCCAUUGAUGUCUCUUCACAUCACCAAGCCACCAACGAUUAGAGCACAUCCAUACGAGGCAGGUCGGGAUAGAGCGGACAAUGCUCACAGAAGACCAAGAAAUCGUAACAACAGCCAUAAUAAAAACGAUUUCAUCCGUUUUGUUCCUCAACGAGAGCCUGUCAUCCAAAUUGACAAUAAUGGAGUUCCAAGAGACGUCAAGCAAGAAGUCCAUCCACAUCAAGUUGACAGAUCGGAAAACGAGGGAUUGGCUCGUAACAGAAACUAA